UGACUCUUGCAGGAGUAGUGAUAGUCUUGUCAUCUCGCUUAGCUCCAAUUUCCAAUUAGAAGCAAGGGCUCUAUUCUUAUCAACAAAUGUCACAUACAACGUCAACCUUAUCUACAAAUACUGGUUUGGUUAUAAAGGUCAUCGUGUACCCUUCAAAUACAAAUUGCAUACGGAGACCGAAUAUUGGACAUCAUGUGUAGCACAAGAAAGGAGAGGUGAAGUGUUAAGCACCAAAUUAUAUCAAUUUACUAGCUCCCAAAGGGAACAUGAGUUUAAGCUUGACUUCUUGGGCCACUUAUGUCGUAUUCAUGAUCAUCAUCUUCGUACACCUCCGACGUGAUAAAAGGCGGUUACAUGUUAUUGGAGUCGAAUUUGUGCCUGUUGAGUAUAAGAAAGAUGAAAACUUGGAGGAACAAAAUAAGAUGCACAUGCAACCAACCAUGGAUUUGGACACUGAUUGGGAGGAAAAACUGCCAGGUGAUUAUGAUGCAAUAAUCAAAUGGUCAAAAUAUGACAUGCAGUGGACAACUAACAAGGAUUUGUACUAUCUUCUUUUAACGGUUUCCUCACCAACAAAAAUGCUGAACAGAUUGCUUGCAAUCAUGGGCCAAGAUCGAGUGAGAGUGACUGAUGUCCAAGGCCUUUCUUCAGCUAUUGUGGUAACUAAAAGCUUAAUUGACCAUAAUGAAAGGCGAUCCCAUAAAUUAAUGAUUAUGGAAAAGACGAUAAGAAAGGUGGGAGAGGUAGCCCCUUCAACCAUUUCCGGAUAUACGCAGUUGUUGUCACCUGAAACAUGUUACGCGUGUUAUCUUGUGUACAAGCUACCUGAUCAAAAACACUCCAUGGUUAGUGGCCUGGUACAAAUGGAUUAUGAAACCCUUAACCAUUUUGCUAAUGGACGCUACGAUUGGCUUAAUGACAAGGAACAGUAUGUUGAUUUACUUACGCCUACUAAUAUCCCAUUUAUCGGAUGCAACACUGACGAGGCUCGCAUCCCAAGGAGGGCACGCAGAAUAAAAGGCCAUCCAAAACUGAGGAAAGACGGUUGGAUGGAAAUUCAAGUAUGGGACUUUAAUUCUAGUUCCACCAACAAAAAUAUUCCGAUGCAUUGUCGUUUGAGGAGCUAUGAUAAAUGGAAAUUUACAGGUCUUCUCGUACAAGGCAUUGAGUUUAGGCCUGCGAAAGUUUCCUUCAUGCCACCUCUUAGGUCUCAUUAG